CGUUCAUCGACGACACAUAUAACAGCCAAACAAAGAACAACAACAACUAUGGACUCAUCCUCUUCGCCGCACAACAACAACAACAACAACAACAACUCACUUGGUUUCUCUCUUUCCAAUCACUUUCAUAAUCCUUCAUCUUCACACUCUUCCUCUCAUCUCUCCCUUUUCAACUCCUUCACCUAUCCUUCCACCACACCAUCUCUCACACUCACAGGCAGCAACACGGUGGACGCAUCACCGGAGGCAACAGACUGCACCGCCGGAGGAGCAACCAACCUCUCUAUAUUCACCGGCGUACCCAAGUUCGAGGACUUCCUUGGCGGCUCAACCACAACAGCCGCCACGUGUGCACCGCCACAGCUUCCGCAGUUCUCAACCGACAACGACAUAUACGAUUCGGAGCUGAAGACAACAAUAGCCGCAUGCUUCCCUCGCGGCUUCGCCGCCGAAGCAAUCACCGAGUCACAAAAGCCAUCCUCCAAGAAAACCGUCGACACCUUCGGCCAACGCACCUCCAUCUACCGCGGCGUCACUCGACACAGAUGGACUGGGAGAUACGAAGCUCAUUUAUGGGAUAACAGUUGCAGAAGGGAAGGGCAAAGCAGGAAAGGAAGACAAGUUUAUUUGGGUGGCUACGACAAGGAAGAGAAGGCAGCCAGAGCUUAUGAUCUCGCAGCUCUCAAGUACUGGGGUCCAACAACAACCACCAACUUUUCAAUUUCCAACUAUGAGAAGGAACUGGAGGACAUGAAGAACAUGACAAGGCAAGAGUUUGUUGCUUCUCUACGAAGGAAGAGCAGUGGUUUCUCUAGAGGGGCCUCUAUGUACAGAGGAGUGACAAGGCACCACCAGCAUGGCCGAUGGCAGGCAAGGAUAGGCAGAGUAGCCGGAAACAAAGACCUCUAUCUUGGAACUUUCAGCACUCAAGAAGAAGCUGCGGAGGCCUAUGACAUUGCAGCUAUCAAAUUCAGAGGACUAAAUGCAGUCACAAACUUUGACAUGAGUCGCUACGACGUUAAGAGCAUUGCAAGUAGCACCCUUCCAAUUGGUGGUUUAUCUAGCAAGAACAAAAACUCCACAGAUUCUCUAUCUGAUGGCAGAAGCCAUGAGGCAAGUCGAUCAGAUGAACGAGAUCCAUCUUCAUCUUCAUCUUCAUCUGUGACCUUUGCAUCGCAACAACCUUCAAGCUCUACCCUUAGCUUUGCCAUACCGAUAAAGCAAGACCCUUCUUCAGAUUACUGGUCCAUUCUCGGGUAUCACAAUCCUCCCCUUGACAGUGCCAUAAAGAACACUAACACUAGUGUUACUGCUACUACUAAUACAACUUAUUUUCCAUCUUCCAACAUUGGCACUGCAUUGCAGUGUUCCAAUACCACACCCUUCCACAUGGAGUUCUCUAAUGCCCCCUCAAAUACCAGCAGUGAUAACAAUGCCGCGUUUUUCAGUGGAGGCAUCUUUGUUCAGCAACAAAGUGGAAGCAGUGGUGGUGGUUCUUCUUCAAGUUCAAUCCCAUUCGCCACGCCCAUAUUUUCUUUAAAUAGUAACAGUAGUUAUGAGAACAACCCUGGUUAUGGAAACUGGAUUGGACCUAACCUGCACACAUUCCAAACACAUGCAAAACCAAGUCUCUUUCAAACGCCAAUAUUUGGCAUGGAAUGAGAUCAUGC